AGCCAAGCAUCCGUAAUGAUGUUAUCGUCUUUGGUGUCUACCGUUAAUCGUGAUCGUAUGUUCGCGCCGCGUAUCAAACGAUCCUCGAUGGUUCACGUGUUAUCGGUAGUAGGCUAUCGAAUUAGAGAAGAGGAGAGGAACGGCGCAAUUAAUCGGCAAUUGCGUUCGAUCACUUCCAUUCAGGAAGCUCUUGCGUCGACAUCACGUCGUGGAACAGUUCACUUUCUAUUGCUUCUUCUUCGACUGGAAGAAACUUCUCGAUGGGGGAUGCAGAGAACAAAAGUGUUACGCAAAGGAGUACAGAUCAAGGCAGUUUCAAGAAUCGUCGCAAUAUGUCACGUGGUUAGAAACCAGUCGAGCCGUCAACUUGUGACAAUGGCUGCCCCGGUAAAGAAACGUGAUGUUCAGCGAAAUAUCGAAAGCAGAAGUAGCGAUGAUGAUGAGCAGAGCUCAUCGAACAGCGAGGAUAAUGAGCAAGAUAUGCCAGAAGAGCAGGGAAUGGAAAUACAAGUAGAUUUUGAAGGAAGAAAUCCAUUGGAUCCAGACUAUCAUGGCAUCAAGACACUUCUGCAGCAGCUCUUCUUGAAGGCUCAUAUUGACUUAGGUGGUCUUACAGAUCUAAUUAUAUCACAAAAUUAUGUGGGCUCAGUUGUGAAGCAGUCAGAAGAUUUAGAGAUUUCAGAUGAUGAAGAGAGUGAUGUCAAUGAUGUAUUUGGUAUUACCACAGUAAUAAAUUUAUCUACUGGACAAAAUUAUCCUUGUAUACAACAGCUGAGAGACUUAUUAAGACAAAUGGCCAAUGAACAUGCAACAGAUGCAGUGAACACUAUGAUAAAACAUGUUCUUGAGAAUGACUCUGAAGCAUUAGGCUUAUUGAUUAAUGAAAGAUUCGUCAACAUUCCAGCUCAAAUUUCUGUGCCCCUCCUAGAAAACUUAGUUUCAGAAAUAAAACGAGCAAAUGGCAGGAAAAUGCCUUUCAAUUUCUCUUAUUACAUAUUAAUCUGCAAACUGUAUAAAACACAGGACAAAAAGUUACAAAAGAAAAUGAAAAGUAAGAAAAAGAAUAACGUAGAGGAGCCUAUCAUUAUAUGGAGUAAUCCGGAGGAAGAAAUUUUUGCCGAAGAAGCAACGGUCAGUUUCGAAUUUUCGGUAGAAAAGGAUUCGGGCAGCGGUUUGUCCGGAACCUGGAGCGAAGGGGACGAUGAGAUGACGCCUUAUAGGAGAGUGCUUUUGUUUGACGCUAACAAACUAGAAGUAAUUAUCAACAAAAUAAAAAACCAAAUUUCUUAAUCAAUCUAAAGGACUAACAUUAAUUCAUCUCAUAUUCCUAAGAGGUCCUUCCUUUUGAUGUAUAAAAGGAAGAUACAACGCUUUUCAAAGAUAAACUUCUUUGAUCAUCUUUUUGUACGAUAAACUGUAUUUUACAGUACAUGUAAUCAGCUUUUUAUAAUACACCUUUUCAUAAUG